GCGACGGCUGCGACCGCAUCGGCUCCGAGUCCCGCCUCGAAGGUUACCUUUAAGAUCACACUGACAUCUGAUCCCAAAUUGCCGUACAAAGUGUCUGUUUUGCCACUUCUUGUGGUCACACAUUAUCUCAUAUAUUGUCUGCUGACGGUUCCAGAGAACGCCCCCUUUACCGCUGUUCUCAAGUACGCGGCCGAAGAGUUCAAACAAACGCCGGCCACGAGUGCUAUCAUAACGGAUGACGGAAUCGGUAUUAAUCCGUCGCAAACGGCGGGCGAUGUCUUCUUGAAACACGGAUCAGAGUUACGGCUAAUACCCAGAGAUAGAGUCGGCUGUUGUUGACAACUGAGUGGUGGCCCGCGAUUGUGGCGGUCCUGUCGUUGUCUUUCUUCUCACCGAUAGUUAUGUUUUUAGUUUAAAUGUAUUAAUCGUUUUGUUUAUUAUUUUUUGAAACAAAUAAAUAUUUAAUUCAUGUUAUGGCAUAAA